UGCACACUUAAGCACAGCAAGACAAUAUAGGAGCUAUUAAGAUAAUUUCACAAGCAAUUACUCUAAGACGAAAAAAAAAGAGCAAGAGAGUGAGGGAUAGGUAGCUUUGACGAAACUGGCUUCCACUCGCUCUUCCUCUCUUGUCUUCCUGCACUCUCUCACAAGCUCAUUACCCACCCUCUCUUUAGAAGAGACUUGGGAGCAGAUCAGAAAAGCAGAAACAUUCCUGACAGAGCGGGAAAAGCAACCUGCAGGUGUCAGUACAAGCAUUGAAAAUGAUUUCUUCAGUGAACAAGCAAGUAAAAAGAAGCGACUUCUAGAGCCAUGGAGGUGCUGGGUUGUCUCUUUCAGAAGAAAAAACUAAAAGCAAACUUCUGAUGGAUAAACUUAAUGGAUAAACACUUGAAAGUCUAAUUCUUUUGGGAUUAUCAGAGCAAAAAGAUAACAAGGAGUUUGGAAAAGCUAAAGCCUGGAGAAUGUAAUGCAAAGAAGAUCUAUGUUUCAAAACUUUCACUGAAUAUCUCACAGAAAAUAUGAACAAGCUAGAGCGUCAGUUUUUUUAUAAAGUAAACAUCUUUCAACUAAUUAAAAAAGUCACAAUGCCACCAGUGAAAAACCACUAAUAAUGUUGUCAAAAGUGGUGCUGGGUGUCAUUCUGUCUCUCCUCAUCCUCCUGACUGUGGGUGGUAAUGUGCUGGUGUGUCUGGCUGUCUGUGCCUCUCGACGCCUCCGCUGCCUCACCAACUGCUUCAUCGUGUCGCUGGCUGUGACAGACCUGCUGCUCGGCCUCCUAGUCCUCCCCUUCUCUGCCCUCAUCCUCAUCAGUGACGACUGGCCCCUGGGUCCUGUCUUCUGCAACUUCUACAUCUCUAUGGAUGUCAUGCUGUGCACUGCCUCCAUUCUCACAUUGCUGGCCAUAAGUGUGGACCGCUACCUGGCAGUGACCAUGCCUCUGAGGUAUGGCUCCAUAGUGGUGCCAUGGAGAGUUGGAGUAGCCAUGAUGAGUGUUUGGAUAGUGUCUGUGGCCUUGUCUUUCUUGCCCAUCCAAAUGGGCUGGAACACGGUUAACGGGACCGUGCAGAACCAAGGACCGUGGGCUUCAGAAAGGAGGUGUCGCUUUGAGCUGAACAGACCUUAUGUCCUCACAGACUCCCUUCUCACAUUUUACCUGCCGCUGGUUGCCAUGUGCUGGACCUAUCUCCAAAUACUACGCAUUGCACGGGUGCAGGCCAAACGCAUCAUCAACACCAGACCAACUUGCGUUACCAGCUACGACUGCAGGAGUAAUCCUCCCACCAGCACCACUCUUGCUUGCAGUGUUACAGCCGUGGCACUGCGGGAGCACAAAGCCACAGUGACUCUGGCAGCUGUGAUUGGCGCAUUUGUGGUGUGUUGGUUACCCUAUUUCAUUCUAUUCACAGUGUUGGGACUGAGGGAGCAUCCAGACCCUGCCAUUGUCCCGGCAUACCCUGUUGUGCUGUGGCUUGGAUAUGCCAACUCAGCCCUCAAUCCUUUCCUGUACGGCGUUCUGAACAGGGACUUUAGGGCAGCAUACACCCAUCUACUGAUAUGCCACUUCCAUUCUUACAGUGGCUGUAGGAUCAAAAAGUCAUCGCCUACCACAGGAGCAGCCAGAGAGCAUCUCACUGAGAUGAUACUGCUGUGUGGCCAAACCCCUGCCACCUGCAGGGCAGCUAUAACAGAUCAAAAUGUCAUGCAUGAGGGAAAAAACAGCAGGACAGCAACAACAGCUAUCCACUUUGCAAAUGGCACUGCUGUCACAGAUGUCACUGGUAAUGACAGGGAAACUGCUCUACAGUGUGUAUUUAUGCUACACUUCACUUACACAAACGGAAAAUGUUGCAGAGUGUGCCCCAGUGGAAACAUGAAGAACCACAACUUGGAGUAGGGAAAUAGAAAUUUCAUUACCAAUGGAUGUUUAGUGUGAAUCAUUGGGUGAAUGCCAGUUAGGAAUAAAGCACAAGUUGGAGGUGAAUCAACCUGAGUCCUUGGAGUGUGAAGCAUGCAACGCUGCUGUAGUUUUGUGUCAACACCGAAGGAUACAACCACACUUACGUACGUCUUCAUGUUGUAGUGUGAAGCUGAGAAAUGUAUAUAGAUUCAUUAUGUAACUAAGGAUUGAAUGUAUGGCAUGCAACGUUCAUUAAACAGAAUUUUAAAAAUUCACAACAAUACUAAUAAAAGCAGCUGAAGAAAUAACUGGCGAUAACACCAUUCUUAUGGGCUGUUAAGUGAGGAUUUGUGUUACCACAGUACAGCGCAAACAAUUCAUCAUGGCUGUCAACAAACACCGCUUUGCAUUUCUGCCACAUUAACACCUCACCCUUUCAGAUUCCACUCUGCUUCCUUAGAGAACAAAUGAAAGAGCCCACUUAUACAUAUUUAUGGUAAAUGUUUCACAAGUCAUUUGGCCUUGUGGUAGCCGUCCGUUUAUGAUAUAUGGGUCUAUAUUCACUCAUUUUAAAUAUCAGGGAACAUUGCUGGCAUUGAAGUCAAAGGCAAACGCCUAACGUUUCCUAAUUUUAUUUUUGUGGUCACACCUCAGAUGUUAGACUUUGAACAAAAAAGAAUAAUCUUAAGUAUGACUCAAAAAUAGGUGAAAUAAAUUACACUCCCAAGAAAAUGCAAACAUGGCACUGCUUUUAUAGAGAAAGGAAAGGAUCAUCUCUUGCCCAUUUGGUUCUGAUACCAAGAGGACGGUGACAUGCUGCAGGAUCAGGCCUAAACUUCCAUGGAUCCUGAUUAGUCACUUCACUCAGUGUAUAUAGACGAUGAAGGGUAAGUUAAUGUGGCGAGGUGUGAGAAAAACCUUCGGUUUCAUCUAUGUGGAUUUUUCUAGGGAGCAAAAAGAUUCCUGUC